CCAGUACGACUACGUAGCUAUCAUAUUAAUCUGAGACAGUGACAGACCAGUAUGGAAUUGAUACAACAAAACUCCAGACUCAAUUCUUUAGCGUCAUCUCAAUUUUCAAUCUCAUAUUUAUCAUAAACCUAAAGUCCUCGUCACAAAUUUGAAUUAAUAACUAUGGUAUUUAGCUCUUAAAAAAUUUGAAUCAAAAGCAAUUCGAAUUUGUUAGCUAACGUGGACCAUUCAAAACUAAUCAUCUGAACAAAAUAACCUAGAAACCCAACUUUUAUCAGAACGUAAGUAAUUAUUUAGUUGAAAAGUAUUUCGUAUUUCAGUAUUCAGUUAUUAUUCCACUAUGGCUGAAAAUUCACAAAACAGUGAUGCUGUGUUUUAUAAAGAAAACACCAGUAAUGCACACGAAACAAAAAUUAGAGAUGAUGAAGAAAUGCCUGCAAAAUGCUCCAGUUCUCAUGCUAACGUCGUCGCUGCUCAUUACAACCAUAUUGAGGAAAAAGGUUUAAAUGAAAGAUGUAAUUCACCAAUAUUUUAUCUCAGAAACUUCAAUAAUUGGGUUAAAAGUGUUCUCAUACAAGAGUAUACGACAAAAAUAAGAGAAAAAGACUACCAUAGAGCGUUACGGGUUCUCGACAUUUGUUGCGGUAAAGGCGGGGAUUUGAGUAAAUGGCAAAAAGCACGCGCAGAGCAUGUAGUUUUUGCAGAUAUUGCAGACGUUUCAAUAGACCAAUGUAGAAGUCGUUAUGACGACUUGCAUCGGCGUUCUGGCCGUUUGUUUUCAGCUGAAUUUAUUGCUGCUGACUGCACUAAGGAUGUACUACGACAUAAGUACAAAGAUCCAUCAGUAAAAUUUGAUUUAACAAGCUGCCAGUUUGGUUUGCACUAUAGCUUUGAGAGUCUUGCUCAGGCCCGACGUAUGCUUGCCAAUAUAUCAGAGUGCCUUAAACCAGAUGGUUAUUUCUUUGGCACAGUACCUGAUGCAUAUGAAAUUGUUGCACGCUGUCAAAAAUCUGGAAAUGGAACAUUUGGCAAUCGCAUUUUUAAUAUAAAAUUGUUAUUUGAUCCUGAGAAUGGUUUUCCUCUGUUUGGGGCAAAAUAUGAUUUCCACUUAGAAGGAGUGGUAAAUUGUCCUGAGUUUUUAGUAAAUUUUGAGCUUUUUGUUAAGUUGGCUGCAGAAUAUGGCUUAGAGUUAAUAUAUAAAGCAGGAUUUGAAGACUUUUACAAAAAAUAUGCUGAUAGGUACAAAUUUUUAUUGCAAAGGAUUAAAUGUUUUGAAGUUUACCCUUCAGUAUCGGGUAAGGAGUUGCUAGGAAAUGAAUCUGAAUACAGCCAUGCAAAAGAAUUUUCAGAAAAUAUGACAAAUAAUGGUAACACAAAUCCCCUUGGUACCAUGAGUUCAUGUGAAUGGGAAGUGGCUACAAUAUAUUUGGCAUUUGUGUUCAAAAAGUGCAAGAAUACAUGGGAUUCAAAUGGAAAACCUUUGUAUAUAACUUCCAAUAACCAACAAACAUCAAGCAACAAAUAGUAUACCCAAAAAAGUUAGCAAUACUAUCUUAUUGAGGGGUGGUAAUGAACUAAAAUAUACAAAUAUUUGUAUGCUUUA